GUACCUGGACACGUCAUACCUUUCUGCAGCAUACAGCAAAACACAAGAUCUGAUUCCCAAAAUGGUCAGCCUUAAGGAAGUCCUGAUCGUGUCUGUGUUGGUGGUCGCUGUGGUUGUUUCCCCUGCAGACGCGGUGCCGACAAGAAUUGAGAGACCAGGGAGUUGCCCAAAUACAGACCGGGACCUCAGCAUCUGCCCCAUAUCAGCCGGUUGUUUCGACGACUACGACUGUGAAUAUGGCUACAAGUGCUGUCCCGUUAACUGCGGAAGGGAAUGCCAGCCAAUUGCCGAAUAGAUUUCCAUGUUCAUGACGUCAUCGCAUCCGAGCUGACUUUAACUCUUAAAGGACAUUUUAUUCCUUCGUGCCGAGAAUUGAGAUUUGACAUAGUGUGGCUUUAAACUCGUUUUUUAAUUAUUGACCUUGCGCUGGAACUGUGUCCUGUGACCAUCGUUUUUUCAUUUAUACCAAAUAUUCGUGUUAUUGUCCAUUUAUAUUUAUAAUAUC